UUGACUGAUAUUUAAAUUAAGAAGGUGCCAGUAAUUGGGCCAAACUUAUCUGAAACUUUGUAUGAGUUCAUACGAAUAGUGUUUUUACUGCACAGUGUGCAAAAGGCUCAGACAGUCAGCAGCACUGGGCCUGGGUGCAGAGGUGUUUGUGAUGUGGACCCGCUGAUGGGGAAAUACUACUGUGGGAAAGGAUAACAAUACCUCCAGCCCCGUCCCUGUCCACAUGCACAGCAGAUGCCCUGGCCAAAUCUCUCCAACAAAGUCAAACGAAGCCACGAGUCCACUUCCCCAAUUUGCUGUCUGCUCGUCGCUAGAGACUGGGAUACGUGCUUGGUGAACGUUUCACAAACAGAUUUCACUUAAAAUCUCUCCAAACAAGCAAUGGACGUUAUUGCUAUACGUUUCAGUCCAUUUUUUCACGUCUGCUUGAUUUUUGUAGAGGAACAGUGAUAAUGAAUAUGCUGAGGAUCACGUAAAGAGCUGACAAAACCAUACGUUUUCUUUUGCCAUGCUUUAUCAGCACUAGUCCUAAUAAUCCACACCAGUAUAGUAUUCUAUUCCAACUUGAUCAUCAAAGGUUUUUUACUACUGCCAAUUGUUGGACUAGGCCCUUUCUGACCAGUGUAGUAUUUUAACAGUGGUGUGAGCUACUCACCUUAGUUUGAGCCAGCCAUGUGCAACAGUCCCUCUCUUAUACUGACAUGAAGCCUGGAUCCGCCACAUUGACAUGGGGAAAGCUCCAGUAAUGAGCAUCGGCUUGUAUAUGAAGUGAUCACAGGCCAUGCAGGCUGUUUCCUGGAUCUCACCAACAACCAGCACACAAAGCCAAUAAAUUCCAAGACCAUGUAUAACUUGUGAGUGAUAUAUGUUCAUUCCCUCUGGAUUGCUGGGAUAUAGUACCUGCUACUGAUAUACAGUUUGUUUCACUGUGCUUCCAAGGAACUUCACUCAUAGUGUGCUGAUCUAUCAUUGCUCUGCUACUGAACGUAGUGGAAUAUCUUCCUCUACAAAGUAGUGGUGUUUUCAGUAUAAAGUGUCUUUUGCUUCCAGAUAAUAAUCACCAAGGGAAUGCAAUAUGUGUGGAUUUUAGGACAUACCUACAUACGUGGGAUUUGCCAUCCCAGCCUAUGAUUGUGUUAUCUGUGUCCUUCAGGCUUCAGGUCUUGCAGGAUACCUGAGAUUCCAUGAAACUACAUUGAUCUAACACAAGUAAGAUUACCAAAACAACAGUUUCUUCCUAAGCUCACAAUUCUUAUGUUUCAUGGAGUUUGUGGGAGAACAAUAUGACCAUUGUUACUGGUGAAGUACACUACCUCGCCUAUCCUCCCACCAGCAGGUCACAGGCCAAACAUUUGCGGAUCCUUAAUUAAGGAGAUCAGUUAUCAGACUUUCCAGACUUCAGUGUUAUCCCUUGUCAUACCUGCCACAUUGAACUUUGGUGAGGGCAGACUUGCUCCAUGUUUCUGGCUGUCAGUGCCAGACAAGUCAGUAAAUAGGUUCCAACUGAAGGCUAUCCCCAUCCGCCUGGAGGAUCAUGUUUGUCAGGGAUCAUUCUAUCUCACACAGGGUAUCUUAUCUCAUUGACAUUUUGUCCCAAUUUUAUUUAGCACAAAUCUGUGAGAUCUUCUGUGAGACAAAGCUCCCCAUUCAUUGAUCCCCUGAGGGUGAGAGAGGUAAACCUAUGUAUAAGUUAUUGUAGGACACGACUUGACUAGAGCCAGGUUUGUGUUCUCCCCUAUGGCUAUGCUGUUAACAAGGUACUGGUCGUGUGCGGCAAUAUUGCCCGAGGAUACUUGCAUCUUCUAUGGUUACUGAACAGUCGUCCUAAGUUGUUACCUCAGUGGAGUAGUCAGUUUGAACGCCAAUGGCCCAUGAGGGUGUGGGCAGGUAGCCACUCACUGGUCACCAGGACUGUCUCACACGGUCCCACAUCAAACAUAUGUAUGUGUUUCUCUGUCAUACAAGCUGGAGGGCCUCAACAUGGCAUCACACAGUCAACGGUACUCUCCAUACAAACUAUUUGUAUGGUAAACUUAAACUGAUUUUGUUUCAUGGAGAAUGAAUCUUAUACACGAAAUGGAACUUACAAUACGGAAUGGAUAUAUCUGAGUUACCUUGUUUUGGUUGAUUUGCUCACAUUGACAACAUAUGAUGAGAGGAAUGGAGUUGAUAUCUCUCUCUAUUUGACACAUUGUGGUAAUGUGGUAAAGUGGUGACAAGUUUCUAAAAUGAUGGCUUGGAAAGUAAAGCAAGGAGAUUACUUGGAGUUGGAGAACUGCACCGACAGUUCAGAUGAGGAUCAUGGUGUUCGUGAUGCUGGUCCAAGAAAGGAUCGUAAGAAACUACUCAUGCGGCUAAGUCAUCUGCAACCAACUGAUCGAAACUCUCUUUGCUGGGAUGAGUUUUUUGGGUCAUCUUUGGAUUUGGCGCCAACACUUCUGACCAUCUAUGACACCAAAGCAGCUGCCACUGGAAGCACAGAGCAGAGCUCUGUUGACCAUCCAGAUGUCAAGUCCAAGUCCAUGUCUCUGCCUGCCUCAGCCACAGUGAGGCAGAGCAGAGGGGUUGUGGUUAGAACGGAUAGUGACCCUAAAAUCACUGACUCAGGAUCCAAAAUGACUGACAUUAAAGUCAGAAAAGAGGAUCUGCUUGAUGGGGAUACCGGAAAGAAACGACCACUGAGUAUAAGCUCUUCUUCCUCUGCUUCUUCUUCAUCACUGUCACGUCCUCAACACAAGCGACCAAACCUUGCGGAAUAUGAACAUUUACUUUCAUCAAGUAAUGUGGAUAACACAAAUUCCAAACGUGAAGACAUAAAUGGAAAUUGUCCAGAUUCCGGAAUGGACUAUAAUACAUCCAGUGUUCAAAAUGUGGAAAAGAUGGAUGGCAUUGAUGAGACUCCAUCUCCAGAAGGUGAAAGGUGUGGUGCCAGUGGUACCAACUACAGCAUCAAGACUGCAGUAGUGGACAAGCUAGAACUGAGCCGCUGUACCUCCCCUGUGAUAGGCCCCCUUUCCUCUUCUGUGUCAAUCCCUCUACCUUCCAUAAGCCCUGAGUCUUCACCAGAGAAGCUCACCUUGUCGGCUUCCAGUAGUCCAUCUGAUAGUCCAGUCAGGUUAGACACUGGUCAUAGGAGUGUGUCCACUGCUGGGUCUGAGAAAAGUGCUGGAAAAUAUUCAGGACAAACUCGGACAAAAUCCCCACCUCCUUCUUUAGGGGCCCAGCUGAGCAGCUCUCCUUCUGGCAGAUCCAGGUCAUCGCCAGCCUCACCCAAGUCUCCCAGUGGAGCCAAGGAUACUGGUUCACCUGAUAGCAACAAGGGGUCUCUGUACGUAACCUAUGUCCAGAGGGUGGUGGCUGAGAUUGUGGACACAGAGAGGACCUAUGUAAAGAGUCUGGAGGACAUCAUCCAGGGCUACUUGGAGUACCUGGAGAAACUGUCACUCAAUUAUGUGAAAGAAGAAGACCUCAAAUGUCUGUUCAGCAAUAUACGGGAUAUUUACGACUUCGGGAGGUUGUUUCUGUGGGAGGUGGAGAAGUGUGAUGGGAACCCCGUCCAGGUGGCCGAGUGCUUUGUCAAGAACAACGAGGGCUUUGUCAUCUACACUGACUACUGCACCAACUAUCCUAGUGCCGUGGAAGUGCUGACUCGCUACAUGAUGGAUCCACACAUGUCCGAGUUGUUCAAACAGCGUCAAGUGGUCCUGGGGCAUGGACUGCAACUGGGGGCAUACUUACUUCGCCCUGUGCAGAGGAUACUCAAGUAUCACCUGCUGUUACAGAACAUUUUGAAGUUUUUUGACAAGGACAAAACAGGAUACGAGACAUUGAACAAAGCAUUCAAACACAUGACAGAAAUGGCUCACCACAUCAAUGAGAUGAAGCGGAAACAUGAGCAUGCUGUGCGCAUCCAAGAGAUACAGAGCCAGCUGGAGGAGUAUGGGGGUGAGGACCUCAUCCGACUAGGGGAACUCGUCCUUGAGGGGCCUUUCCGUGUGUAUGGUGCCAAGGCAUCCCGCCAGGUCUUCCUGUUUGAGCGGGAGAUCCUCAUCAGCAAGAAGAAGGAGGGUGGGAUGCUGGGCUGCAAGGCAUCCAUACAGCUGGCCAACCUGAUGCUGGUGGAAGUGAUCCCCAAUGAACCUCUCAGCUUCCACCUCAUACCCUUCGACAACCCCCGGGCCCAGUUCACCCUGCAGGCGCGGAACAUGGAACAGAAGCGGCGGUGGUGCCAGGAGAUCAAGCGCCUCAUUCUGGAGACCUACAAGGGGAAGAUCCCGGACAAGGUGAAGAGCCUGGUGAUGGAGCUGGGCAGGAACCAUGAUGAUGACUAUGUGAACAGUGAGAACCUCGACCCAAGGCGGAGUCACCAUACGGCCCCUGAGUACCUGGAACGUCGGCGAGGGCGGCGGAAGUCUGGUGGAAGACUACCAGAUCUGUUGAAGCCCCAGAAGGGAAAGAGAGGAUCAUCUGGAAACAGGAAAGGAGACAUCAGUCCUAGAACAUCGCCACUCCUGGAGAGAAGGCAGACACAUUCUUCACUGGAGACCAGUGUAGCAAGGGAGACAACCCCGGACCACAAAAAGAGCAAACAAAGUGUGACUGACACAUCCAGUGAAGGCGCCUCAGUCUCCAGAGCCACAACUCAGAGUGAUAUCUCCUCUCAGUCUGCAGUCAUUGAAGACACAUCUGUGGGCUUCAGCAGGUCUGUGGACACGUUGGCUGGCCAGAAAAACACUUCUCCCAAAGAGACUUCCAGUGACAAUGUCCGGCGAGCCAAGAGUUUCCGUAUUGCAACCAGAAUGAGACCAAUCAACUCACUAGAUCUUGGUGAUGUUAUACCCAGCAUUGAUUCUGAUUCAGAGAGUGAUGUGGAUGAUCCAGAUCUUACACAAGAUGGUUUGAAAGACUAUAAUGAUGUUGUGUUUAAUAGUCGGUCAGAUUUGGAUGAAUUGUCUGAUGGAGAUAAACCCAAGAAAACCAAUAAGCAGAGUAGGUACACCAGUAUGCCUAUUUUGAAUAUAACACCUCCAUCCAAGGAUUCAAGAAACAGUCCCAAGGAAAGUGGCACAGUGAAUUCCAACUCCUGGACAAAGAACAAACAAGGAAGUCUUGUGAAUCUUCAGACAAAGCAGUGGACAAAAAAUGGUCACAAAGAGCAGGGUAAAAGCAUUCCUGCUUUCCAUGACACUUUUGCCAAAAGGUCCCGUGAAAACCUGACAAUAAAAGCAUUGCGUCACCCAGUUUAUACUGUGAAGCACCUUUCGGUGGACUGUGAUGCUUCUUCCAUGAAGGGAAUCAACGCCAAGCUCACAAACUGGGGCAGCACAGAGAAGCUGACUAAGGGAUCAAUGACCGAUGUGUCACACUUAUCAGAAGAUCCAUGGGUGAAGAACCCAGCAGUUAAGAAGCUCUCUGGAUCUGUCAGUGUGUCAAAUGUCUCGGUCAAACCUCAGGUGAAUAAACAGAAGAAAACUUCUGAACCUAGUGAUCCUAAAAGUGGUAGCCGCGAAAAUAUGGACUGGAGGGUAUAUGUGAACCGAAAUUCUUUAAAUGAUACUGAGAAUCAGAAGUAUUUUUCCAAAUAUUGUACCCCACCGAGAGGGACUAUGACACCGCCAAAAAGCCCUGUAGUGAUGAAGCAGGAACAUAACUCACAAAACCCGAUGAAGCAGAACACAAAUGACUCUCCCUGCAACCUGGCAUCCAGACCAGUCUCAACCUAUGACACUGUUCCAGAUAUCCCCAAGGUUACGGUUGCCUCAAGCGUUCCCUCAAUCAUUGUGUCAUCAACGUCUCCAAAGUUUCCCCAUCAUGACCAUCUCUCACGUCAUAACCUCAACAGAUCCAAUUCCACACCCUUGACCAAAACAAAGACCAUUGCUCAAGCUGCCAAUAACAGGCCAUCAUCUUUCGACUGUGAGGGAUACACAGAUAGUGAGAGAAUGGUAGCUGAGAUGGAGGAUUAUAUGAGAAAGUCCAGGGACAAUAAUUCUUCAUCAUCAUGUAAGUUUCCAACCAAUCUACCUGUUUUCCAUUACAAUGAGUUUGAGAAAGGGAACAGACAUUCAAAUAUUUCUACAUCAUCUUACGAAAGCCAUUCCAGCAGCUCCAGUGAAGGGAUCAUGGAUACUCUGAAACACAAGAUUCACAGCUGGACAUCAAAAAUUUCAAAACGUAUGGAAGACAGCGAUGGCCACUCGACAUUGUCAAGUGUGUCAGAUGUCCGUCCAUCAUCUUUGCUCAUGUCAGAUGAUGAGAAGAUGGAUGAUGCAAAGAGUAAAAACUCUUCUUGUGAGACCCUGGACUCGCCACAUGCACGAAAGAGAGGAACAGAGAGGCUGAAGAGGCAGCACCAUCUUCUGGAGGAAGAUGAGGAACUGAGGAUAUUCCUGAGGCAGAGAGGACUUGGUGGAGACUCUAUUGGGUCCAGGAUGGCAAAUUCUCUUCCACCUAAUGUAGAGGCCUUGAUAACUGAUAAACUAAGACCUCACAGUGCCUGUGUUCUCAGGGACAGUGAUUCUCUUUCUUCCUAUGAACUUUCCAGCAAGGAGACUACUCCUGAACCUCAGGCUCGGUUGUCAUUACCAAUUUUGCCCCCGGCUGCUGAAAAUCAUAGUCCUUUACUAAACAAGAUGGAAAUUCAGCAGUCAGACUCAGGCUUUUCUAUGCAAAGUGACGAGACUGAUAGUAAUUCCAUGGAGACCACUGCCGCUGUCAAUAACAUGACCCCACCUCCUGCCAAGCAAAUGGAUGUAGAAGAAACUGAACAGGAGAAAGAUGAGACUCCUACCUUGGACACUAGACAGAAAGAGUCAACGGUGUCUAGGGGGCGUACUCAGUCAGAAUCGUCUGCUGAUUCUGUUGAUAGUUUUUAUGAACGUCGUUUGUCUAUAGCUUUUGACUCGGAAGUUUUUCAGGAUUCGGCAGUGUUUUGUGACGUCAAUAUUGAUCCUAAACAGAAGGUUGUGAAGGAGACCCCAAAGAAACCAAGACAGUCAAUCAAAGACUUUGUUCAGAUCUUGGAGGAAAGGAAUAAACCAAAGACUCCACAUACUGUUGAGGUCAAGCGUAGGGGACCAGGCUCAGUGAUUCGUCAGCGACUCCAGACUCUACAACAGGCAUCGCAAUAUUCCAGACACAGCAGUAGAAACACCAGUGAAGAAAGGGAAUUGGUGCAACCCAAAUCUGUGAAAGAUAUUCAGCAGUCCCUGGUUACGGAUUCACGAUCUGGCCAGUCCAAGAGCUGGCACCCUAGUUCCAGCAGCAACAUCGGCUCCAUCAACAGCAGCUCGAACACAUCCAUCAGCUCCAGCUGCUCAUCUGGCAUCUCAGGGCCACACUUUGCUGUGGUUGGUGGCAGUGGCAGUCACUCCUAUGGUGGCAAUCAAUUCAUGCACCAUCAUGUGCGGGCUGAAUCAGAACACGGCAGAGAGAGCUCACCGGAACUUUGUGGUCUCAGGUCAGCACGCUCACUAGGCAGGCUCGACCAAUUGAGCACAGACAUUGAGAACCUUGUCAUCAUGAAAGGAUGGGUGAGGUCACUCAUUAACAAGUUCCAGAGUGACAAGGAAUGACUGCGCAUGCAUGUCAGUUUGAAUACAUGUCAGUGUGAAUACUUUCAAUAUUGUAGUGUGAAGUAAUAACUUUUCCUAAUAUUGAAUUUUGAAAUUGAAAUGUUAAACGAUAUGUUUUAUAUAUCGGAAGCAGUGGUCUAAUAUUUGGACAAUAUUACCAAGUUUCCAUUGAUUAGGCACUACAUAGAUUACUGAGUCCAAAAGUAGGUAUUAUCACAAACAGACACCAUUAUUGGGAAAUUAUGUUCAGGGAUAUAUUCCCACAGAGAAAUAUUACCGAUGUUCAUGCCUUAGUUAUGUUGGAGAUUAAGUCAUCAGCUGACCAAUUUGAUACCAGUGGUUUGGACUGAUGUUGAGCUGUAUGUAAUUCUUUCUGGAAAGUUUAUGAAUUAUGAAGAUGCAAUUGACUCAUUGUAGCACACUAGUCUUCAAAACAGUGGUUUCAUAUCUCGUGUGAUGGACACAUUUGAUAAACUAAUAUAUUCUAGCAGUACAUGGCUUUUGCUAACGCACGCACGCACGCACGCACGCACGCACGCACGCACGCACGCACGCACGCACACCUAUUAUUAUUAUUAUUACAAUUGAUGAUUCAACUCCAUCAAACCUUAAGGUGUAUUCCAUUUAUAUUUGUUCCAAGUUGCUGUGUUAAAUUGUUAUCAUCAGGAUUCGUGUUUGCAAUUCACUGCUUGCUGCAUGCUUUCAGUUCCGAUUCCUUAUGUCUACUGGUUCUUCAGCUGUGUCCAUAUCUGUGACUGUCUACAGCUGUGUCCAUAUCUGUGACUGUCUGCAGCUGUGUCCAUAUCUGUGACUGUCUGCAGCUGUGUCCAUAUCUGUGACUGUCUGCAGCUGUUUACAUCUGUAACUGUGUACAGGUUCUUCAUGCUCUGUCACAACACUGUUUGUGCAUGUCUAGUCAACAAAUAUAUA